UAUAACAUCUUGAAGGUUAUCAUUUGUGGCAGUAUUUGCUUGCUGUUUGACAACACUGAUUGGUUACUGCUGAAUUGCUGAGCAGUAACGUCCAGCGGCAGCAGAAGCCUGCAGUUUACAAGCUCCACUUACAACAGGAAUAGUUAACAUUCAUGGGAAAGUAAAAAAGUGCAAAAAAAAAAGAGGCUCGUCUGCGGUGUCGGUAUUGCUGGCCAUCUGUGCAGCGGAGGUGGAUAUCGUACAGAUGACACGAUCCUUCUAAUCUACCCCCCGAGACAUGGAGGACGACGACGAUUUGGAAGCUUUACGAUUAGCGGCUUUACAAACCAUCAAGCCGAGAAAAGCUGAUAGAAGAAACACUAAUUUGCAGUACCACUAUUACCGCCAGAAAGCAAACCCGAACCUAAUAGAAAUUGUUACAAAAGAUGAAUUGUUUGAAACACCAGCCAUUGAAAGUGAUAUUAAAUCAACUGAAUUAUCAAAUGAUAAAACAAUUGAAAAGGGUGUUGUCGGAAAUAACACUGACAAAUGUCAGAACCAAGAAGAAAAAAAGAUAAGGUCAAAAUUUAGGACCGAGGAUGAAAAUGCGGAUGAAAAAAACCUUAAAUUGGAUGAAGACCAAUUAGAUUUUGAAUACGAAAGCGACUUUCAAAUAUAUGAUGAUGACAGUUUAGAAAAGCUGAUGGAUGAAAUGGAACAAGAAUUUAACGAAAAACCUUCAAUCGUUUCAACAUUAAAAGACAAAAAUAUAAUAAGAGGAAUGGAUAGUAAAGUUAAAAAACAGUUGAGUAAAUCCGGAUCACCAGUAGACAAGAAACACCCACUAACUGUCAAAUCAAGGAAUGUCUCGAGUAAAACAUGUCCAUCCUCGAAGUUACAAAAAUUAACAAGAAGAUCUAUAACUCCUCAAGAUAGACAUAGGAAAUCGGUGAGUCCUGUUGUAAAAAGACUGGCGGGUUCAAAAAGAAAAUCUACAGUACCGUUCAGGUCACGUGAACUAAGAUCUACUUCUCGAAGUAGGUCACCAACUCCAAACUUGAGAUCUAGCUUAAGAUCUGGGAGAUCUACUAACUCAAGACCUAGAAGAUCGUACAGCCCAAAGGUGCGAAAAUUAUCACCAAAUACCAAAUCAAGGAUGCCUUCUGAAAUCGAAAAGAGAAAGCGAUCUUUAACUCCCAAAAGAAGAAAGUCUGAAAGUCCCCAUAGAACAUUGAACGAUACUGCAAAAAACAAUUAUCCACUAACUGGAAAAUCGAAAUCUUCCAUUGUAUAUUUGCGAUCAACUUUAAAAUCUCUUGAUUCUCAUACAUCACCACCGUUAUCACCCUGUCGAAAAAAGGCCAGAUCUCCGAAUUACAGAUCAUGUUCUCGAUCUCCUGUCAUGAAUGAGCACCACAAGGCGAGAAGAUCGACAUCCCCAAAACGAAGACUUAUUAAAACUAGAAGCCAUGCUUACAGGAAAAGGUCAGAAUCACCUGCGAUUAAAAGAACUAAAACAAUCAUUCAAGAUUCAUCAACCCUAGAAUAUUCCAAAAAAGGGAAGUCGACACAUUCAUCUGCAGUGCAGGACAUCGAAAAGGAAGAAAAUGGAUGUGAUCAGAAUAUAAUUUCUGAUUCCAAAUUGGAGGCCCGCAGGAAAAAAUUUGAAUCCAAUACGGUAGUGGCGCCCGUUAAUAAAAAAAUCCGUCUAAAUUUCUCAAGCGGAGACAAAAAUGAAAAUAAUAAAUCACAGAAAAACUUUGUGGAUGAACAACCAGUUGCUACAAUUAAGAACCUGACUAAAAGCAGAGUUCUUUCAGAAGCUAGAAUCAUUGAUGAAGAUGAACCGACAAAUAAAAAUCUGUCAUCAAAAGUGGAUUUAAAAAGAACAGAUCUUCAACCUAUUACCAUGAUGAAAGAAAUAGUGAUAAAAGAUGAAUGUUUUGAGAAAAAUUCAUCAAAGGAGAGUAUGAAAGAAUUAAUUUUUUCCAAAAACAAGAACAUGGACAAAGUUAAGACAAAAGGGAAGCAAUUGGCCCUUCAAAAAAUGGAACUUGAUAAACAUAGAAAACAAGGAAACAAUUUUCAUUCUGAUUCAAAAGACUCAUUAGUUUUGAAUGUUCCCUCGAACAGUGAAAAAAAAUCAGUUACAAAAUUAUCCACUAAUCAACCGGAUAAUGACAACGAAAGCGAUCUACGUGAUGAACUCAGCCGCAGAAGGGCAGAAAGAUUGAGAGAAUCUAGUUUCCAGCCUGCAGCUAGAAUAAUUAAGUCUGCUUUUGAAGGUGUUGUAAAUAGCAAGGAAAAAAUUCGAAAACAAAUGUUUGCAGAGCAGAAUUCAUCCAAAAAAAUCAGUUCACUUAAAGGGAGAAGAGUUCAUGUUGUUGAUAAAAGCAGGGAUGCAAGUGAUGACGUAGGAGAUGAAAAAUUAUACGAACAAACAUCAAAGAAGUUAACAACUUUAAAUACAAGAGCACUUAUUAGACAAAAGAAGAUAAAUGAGUGAUUUCAUCUGUUACAACCUCUUUUAUUUUUCCCUAUUGUAGUUUUGUACCAUUAAAUAGGAAAGGAAUGUAUCCAUGUACAUAGGAAUCUUUAACGAACAAUAAAUUACUUACGUUCACAUUCAUUGAUACGCUGUGCUGUUUUUUUAAAUUAUUUCUUAUAUUUUUAAAUGAAGUGUAAUUUUAAAAUAUAUUGUAUGAUAGUUAUUUUAUAAGAGGCGUGUUUGAUAAAGUGAUACUAUAAUCUUGAACAAUUUUCGUAAGUAAAAGUGUAAUUCCUUAAAAUGCUUUACAUUGUAGCUAGGUUCUUAAAUAAUCAAAUUGUUUCUUGAGUACUUUUGAAGAAAAAUGUGUAAAAAUAUAAGUAAAAUAUUUUUUAAAAUUUUUAUUCAAGUGUAAAAAUGCAAUGUAAAAAAAAAUAUUUAGACAGAUGUAAGUCAUUUGCCAGAAAAAAAGUGUAAACGAUAAAGAAAUUUAUUGCUGGAAAAUCUAAGUUUUUUUUUAUUGUUUUAUAUUUAUUUUCUCCCUUAAGUAAUUUCUACAUUUCUGAUUGAUUCGUUACUUUUUUUUUAAUUACAACUUUCAAGUAGUCAAUGAUUAAGGUAAUUUUAUAGAUUUGUAUUAUAACAAUUUGUUCCUCUGUCACAACUUCUAAUUGAAUUAUCAUUGUAAUUUUUAUUGUACAUUUGAAAAUGAUUUUACUUGUUAAAUAUUUGUUGUAAAUAAAACCAAUUUCUAAUUAGCUUAUUUUAAUUGCCUAUAUGAAAAAAAAAAUGGUCUGUGAUAA